AUGAUUUCUAAUUAUCGAAACCAUUUUUUUUUCAGUGGAAUCGUAGUAGUGGACAUUGACCUGAACAAAGUACAGAUCAACCAGUGUGCAAAAGACGGAUCCCUCUUCUCCAAUUCACACAAAUGCCGACUUGAAACUACAGAGUGUGUUGCAGUUCCAGUGAUUGGCAAAUUCAAACGUGGUUCCUAUCGAUGCCAAUGCAAACCAGGUUAUUAUUUCCCGACCCUAAACGCGAGCCACAAUUAUUUCAACGGCACACUGGUGGAGAACCAACUGCUGGAACGACUUAGGAACGGCAGCACCCAGGCAGACCCUUUGUCCGAUUCUUUUCAAUGUCAGCCUUGCCGAAAGGGUUGCCCGAACUGCGUCAGCGACCAGCCGUGCUUUGUCGAGUACAAUAUCCUGCUACGGGGUAUACCGCUUGGAAUACAGAGUUUUUGUAUGACAAUCACAAUAGUAUUGGCUCUGGUCAUCUUCCGGCUUCGUAAGUCUAAGGUUAUAUGCAAUAGUUUUUGGGCAAUGCUAGAAUUGCUGUUAGUAGGAUCUUUAUUACUUUAUUCCACAGUUGUGAUUCGUUACUUUGAACCAACGAUGUUGACGUGUCUGCUUGUGCCGUGGUUCCGAGAGGUUGGCUUUACCAUUGUUUACGGUGUUCUUAUACUCAAAAUGUACAGGUGA